CCGUUCGCGAAUUGUUGAAGCUGACACAAUCAAAGUGUGAAAAGGUCAAGGUAAUUUAUAACAAGGAAGUAAUUCUUGUUUUCUCACUUGAAUAUCAUAGAAUUAAUUCAAUAGGAUAUAAUUAAGUUAAUUGUGAAACAAUGGCUCAGAUACACAGCGACAAACAGAUUCUAGUGAAUGCAGACGAACUGCAACAUGGUGACCGCUAUUUUUCACCCGAGAGUCAGUAUUAUAGAACUCAAGUUCAAGCAGGAAGGGAGAUUGACAGAGGACAUGUACAUGAAUCAGAACCAAGUGACUAUAUGUGUUCUGCACUAAUGGCAUGCCUUUGUUGUUGCUGGCCGUUAGGAUUGAUUGCUAUGUAUUACGCAAACAGUGCAAAUGAUGCGAAGGCAAAGGGAGAUUUCGAAGAAGCCAGGAAGCAAAAUAGUACUGCACGAUCCAUGAUUAUUGCCUCAGUCAUAUUCGGAAUAAUUACAGUUGGUGCUGUCGUCGCCAUACGUGUUUAUCAAACGAAAUAAGAAUUAUUGGAGUUAAUAAAUAAUUUUUAUAUCAACUUUACUAAAACAAUCUGCGUAGUAGUAUUAUGUACUAACAGUUGCUUUGGUUCGUAUUUCUAUUUUGAAUUGUGUCAAACAGUCAGACGAAUGAUGCGGCUAGUGAAAUUACGAAGACUGUCGACAAUAAAAUCGUUUGGCAUUACUAAGACCUACUAAUAUUUGUUUCAGUUGUUUUUCUUAUAUGUGUUUCUAUUACAAUGGUACUUUUAUAUCUAAGUCUUUAACAUGCAUUGUUGUCAUUAAAGAUUAAUUUCUUGAUUACGUUGUAAUAUUUCUAUAUCUUUAAAAUAAAACAUUAUUGUACUCUG